UUCAAAAUGUUCAAACUUAUCCUCAUCUCCACCCUGGCCGCGGCCGUUUGCGCCAUCGGAAAUCCGGAAUCGACCGCCCAGAUCCUGUCGUACAGCAACGUCCUCCAGGACGAUGGCCACUACAACUGGGCGUACGAAACGAGCAACGGAAUCGCUGCCCACGAAGAGGGCCUUGGAGCGCACCAGGCCAACGGAGCUUACUCGUACACCGGUCCCGAUGGUGUUCGGUAUCAGGUUGUUUACGUGGCCGAUGAGAACGGAUUCCGCCCGGAGGGUGCCCAUCUGCCAACUCCACCUCCGACCCCGGAGCACGUGAUCAAGUCGCUGGAGCAGAUCCGGGCCAACCCACCGAAGGACCAGAAGGACUUUAGCUUGGAGGCGUUGGAUGCCACGCUGGCCCGACUGAGGCUGCACUAG